AUGGUUCAUAUAGUUAAACAAAAGAGAAAAAUUAGACAGUUCUUUGAAAAAUUGGUAAAGAAAAAAUCUAUUGAUCUGAAAGGAGCAGGAGAAACGAAUGUUAAUGAUGACAUUAGCAAUAUCAAUGCGAUGAUAGUUCCAGACACAAAUCUUAAAGAUGCCAAUUUGUUAAGGGGUUGCCUCAAACACAAAGAGAAAUCUCCAGCGGCUCAUAAAGAGGACAAACAAAAAUGGGUGAAACUUAAUAACAAUAAGAAAGAUACCUUUCCCGAUAUUAGCAUGGGGGAUGACGAUAAGAGCGGACAACGCCAAUAUAGAUUAAAACCUUUGGAUUUCAAUGAAUUAGGUCUUUGUGCUAAUCGAGAAUCCAAAAUGAACAUAUGCGACUGGACAAAUUAUAAAGUUCUAAUAAGACCGAAGCCCAAAUUGUCCGAAUUUAAAUGUCACGGUGUCGCAGGAAGUGGAGAAUUUGGGAUGGAAUUUAAAGUCAAGCUAAGGAAUUCCACCCAAGAAUAUGCUUUGAAGUUUCUCAACAGACGAUAUUUCAAUAGAUAUGAGAAUAUCGCUUCCGUCCGGUGUAUUCGAUCAGAAAUAAAUGUUCUUAAAACUAACAAGAACCAUCCUUUCCUGGUUGGACUUUAUGCAUUUUAUCAAACUCCGCGCAACUAUAUAAUAGUGAGAGACUUCACUUCUGGGGGUGAUCUUAGAUCCCUUUUAAAAAGAUACGGAAGACUCCUUGAAGAUCACGCUAUAUUUUAUUCUGCACAAAUCGUGAUUGCCAUAAGAUAUUUGCACGACAACGGGAUAAUUCAUCGUGACAUCAAACCAGAAAGUAUACUUUUAGACCGAAAAGGCCAUGUGAAACUAGGCAACUUUGUAUAUUGCAAGGAGGGCAUAGCAAAAGAUGAAAUGGUUAAAGGAUUCUGUGGGACAAAUACUUACAUGGCGCCCGAGAUUAUGCGUAAUGAAUACUAUGAUUUUAGCGUAGACUGGUACUCUUUCGGAGUUGUUCUCUAUGAACUACUAAUUGGCCCUGUCGAUUUACUAGGGUCUGAUGAAGCAACUUCUCGCUACUACCAGGCAAUACUUUCAGGUCCAUGGCGUGUUUCAGUCGAAGCCACCUCUAUAUUGAAUGGAUUCCUCAAUAUGAAUCCUGAGGAAAGACUAGGAAGCAAUCUAGAAAAUGGUUUUAAUGAUAUUUCCUCCCAUUCAUUUUUCGCCUCAAUUAAUUGGGAUAGGGAAUUAUACCCACCUUACAAACCGAAGAGAAACAUGAAAUUUGGGGUUUUACGAUAUUUCUUCGAUGCAUUACUAUAUUUAGCAUACAUGAAAGACUUAAUGUGA